UCUCCACCUGCCUUCUCUUCAGAUGGAUGGCUAGGCUUUAGCUCGAGGAUAGGGCGAUCAGAGGAUUAGUACGGAAGGAUGCCACACGCUGACAGAGUCUGGAGCUCUAGGAAAUGGCUGGCCCCUGUGACUGGUGACGUAGCGGAUUGCUGGUUGUUUCGGAGAAGACAGAAAAGAUGCCCUUUGACCUCUUUAAGUCACUGCAGUAAACAUAGACAACACGCCUGACAACUUCAUCUGUUACAUUGAGGACCUUAAAGACACCGAAAUCCACCGAAACAAUGAAUAUUCUGUCUGCUAUAAUUGUGUUUGAGAACCUCCAUGAGGUCAAGAGGCUGUUCCACUGGGGUCCGAUCAUCGCUCUGACGGUCAUCGGCGUGUGCUCCUCCAUGGCAAUACUGGACUCCAUCAUCUGGUACUGGCCACUGGACACCACUGGGGGCAGCAUUAACUUCAUCAUGCUCAUUAACUGGACUGUCCUCAUUCUUUACAACUACUUUAAUGCCAUGUUUGUAGGCCCUGGUUACAUUCCACUGGAGUGGAAACCGGAGAAUCAACAAGAUAUUAUGUACUUACAGUUCUGUAGAUUGUGCCAAGGCUAUAAAGCCCCAAGGUCACAUCACUGUCGCAAAUGUAACAGGUGUGUGAUGAAGAUGGAUCAUCAUUGUCCCUGGAUCAACAACUGCUGUGGUCACUUGAAUCAUGCGUACUUCACCAGCUUCCUCCUGCUUGCUCCACUGGGCUGCAUACAUGCUGCGCUAAUAUUCAUCAUGACCAUGUACACUCAACUUUAUGAUCGGAUCUCAUUUGGCUGGAGCUCAGUGAAGAUUGACAUGAGCGCUGCUCGGCACAUCCACCAUCCCUUCAUGCCUUUCAGCAUUGCAGCAUUUGCAGCCACUCUCUUUGCACUGGGACUGGCACUGGGUACCACUAUUGCUGUUGGGAUGUUGUUUUUUAUUCAGAUGAAGGUGAUUCUACGAAACAAAACCUCAGUAGAAGCAUGGAUUGAGGAGAAAGCCAAAGACAGAAUCCAGUACUAUCAAACAGGUGAAGACUUCAUCUUCCCCUAUGAUCUGAGCAGUCGAUGGGAGAACUUCAAGCAGGUGUUCACCUGGUCCGGGACCCCCAUAGGAGAUGGAAACGAAUGGCCUGUGCAUGAGAAGUGUAACCAGUACACUCUAACCAUUGAGCAGCAAUUUGAGUUGACUUACUGA